AUGAACCCCUCGGUAGAUUGUCUGGCGGUGCAUGAGAUCUCCGAUCGCCCUGAUUGGAGAAUAAACAUCAAAGAGAUCAUUAAGAGGCAGGAGAACGGUGUGCACGUCCGGACGAUUGAGGCAAAGAAGGCCGCUCGGUACUUGUUAAUAGGGGAAGAUCUAUAUAAACGAGGAUUUUCCUCACCCCUGUUGAAGUGCAUAUCCUCGGAGGAAGCCGAGUAUGUGAUGAGGGAGUUGCACGAGGGGGCAUGUGGAAUGCAUACAGGACAACGAGCUUUGCGUACUAAGGUGAUAAGAGCAGGAUAUUUCUGGCCGAUGGUGGAAAAGGACUGCAAAGAGUUUGUGCAGAAAUGUUUGAAGUGUCAGGAGCAUGGCAGGAAUCUCAAUCUGCCACCGGUAGAACUGCAUAGUUUGAUAUUUGGAAUUCCCAAAGUCAUCGUUACAGACAACGGGCGACAAUUCAUUGACAAAGGCUUAGGAGAAUUCUACAAAAAGCUGGGAAUUAAGCAUGUAACGAGCUCGGUAGAGCAUCCCCAAACGAAUGGCCAAGUGGAAGCGGUCAACAAGGUAAUCGUCUCCGAGUUGAAGAAAAGGCUGGGAGAAGCCAAAGCUCUCUGGGUAGAUGAGCUUCAGGAGGUCCUGUAG